AUGUCCAUUGAGAACAAAGACUGGGCGAAUUGGCAGGAAGCCAUGGCCGUCGAAUACAUCGAAAACCCUUCACAGGAAGGACGCAACCAGAGGGUUACGCGGAUCAGACCUGGCCAUGCCGACCUUCCUGGCGCGAUGAAAUACGGUUUUCACGAUGUACGAAACUCUCUGGAGCGUGCAUCCGCGCGGGAAACCGCGGCUCGAGUCGCCGCCGGCGCGGUAGCCAUGCGAUUACUGGAAGAAUUUGGCAUCAAGCUCCACAGCCACGUGAUUUCAAUUGUUGAGGAGUCGCCGGUGCAUUGCGCCGAUGCCGCCGCCGCCGACCUGAUGAUGGCCGAGGUUGAUGCGGCGAGAGAGGCCGGUGACACGGUUGGCGGUACCGUGGAGGUGAUCGCUGAAAACGUACCCAUCGGAUUGGGAUCGCACGUCCAUUGGGAUCGCAAGAUAGACGCCAAAAUCUCCCAGGCAUUGAUGAGCAUAAACGCGGUCAAAGCGGUGAGCAUUGGAGAGGGCUGGGAGUUGUUGGACAGGUGGGGCUCCGAGUUUCAGGAUGUGAUCGAACCGGUAACCGAUCCGAACAAUCCCUGGCAACGGAAGACCAACCGGGCUGGAGGUACGGAGGGUGGAAUGACCAGCGGAACGCCACUGGUUGCCCGCUUCGUCAUCAAGCCGAUUGCCACCUUACACAAUCCCCUGCCUUCUGUAGACCUGGACACUGGCGAACCGGUUAGGGCACAUUUCGAGCGGAGCGACGUUUGUCAGGCUCCCCCAGCCGGCGUAAUCGGAGAGGCUAUGAUGGCGCUGGUUCUGGCUGACGCCUUCAUGGAGAAGUUCGGCGGCGACAGCAUUCCGGAAACCCGCCGCAACUUUGAGGGCUACCAGGCCACCGUGGGACCGCGACUGCAGUACCGGUAA